CCCCACUUCCCCCACCCUUUCCAUUCCUCAACUUCCUUUUCUCUCCCCCUCUCUCUCCGCCCCACCGCCACCAUGAUCAAGACCCUCCCUCCCUACACCUCCACUGACAAGACGGCCGAGAUCAUGUCCAAAUACCGGCCGAUUGCCCCCAAGCCCGACUCCCCCACCGCCUUUCACUCUCACAACAUUCCCCACUCCGCCUUCCUUACUAAUGUAUGGCCGCACUUGCAGGCCAGGCCCACUCGCACCCGUAAGCGGGGUCGUUCUACACCCAUUUCGCUUCACCCCUUGAAGCGAUCCAGGACUACUCCUUCCGCUUCGUCUCUCCACGCCUUUUCCUCUGCUUCUUUACUUCCUCGCCUUUCUAUUGCAGCUCUUGACGGAGGCGCUGCUGGGUUUGAAGAUACGCCUGUGGGUUCUAAUCUGGUGACGCUUCCGCUUCUUCCUUGUGGUCCGCCGUCUUCUAUUUCUGAGGAGAACUGCCGCGGCUCUGAGAUUAACUUUAUUAUGUCGUUUGAUGAUGAGAAGGGGUUGGAAUUGAAUAGUGCUGCAGUUUGUGAAAUUCCCAAAGAGAAGGAUCUGUUGCAGCAACUUCAAGCGCCGGUGUCCACUUGCAACGUUAUAACGCCGUACCCUGUUCGACCUGUUGGCUCGAUCAUCCUCGUUGGGUGCAUCAAUAAAACCCAAACCGCGAGUCACUCAACCACUCCUCAGCCGCCGAAGAACCCAGAUGAAGUGGAAAAGGAGGUUGAAUCGGAGGUGUUACCAGCGGUUAUAUCGGACUCGAACAACAAAGUGAGAAUGGCGAAUUCUGCCUACAAGGAGAUGGUCGGGCAGCCAGAGUGCCCAUGGCUGGAGUCUAUGGUGAAAGGAGACGAACGACGGCUCAAAGGGAGAAGAAUCGGCGGCGAAGUGAUGCUCCAACUCUCCGACGCGGCGGCGGUUCCCCAUUCCUCUAAUGGGUUCUCUUGUUGGGUCAGGAUCGAUUGGGGAAACGGCGGCGGAAAGAAAAAUUCCAUCACCGCCUAUUGCGAUGUCGUGAAACUUUCCUGCGUGUCUCGAGACUACCUCUUCACGUGGAGGUUCCACACUCAAAAAACAAAACAUAUCAAUGAUGCUUCCAAUCCCAUUUGUAUAAAUAUUUGAUAAUCAAAUCUAAAUGUACAAAGAACAAGAAGAACAAAAAAGAGCCUCAGCCAUAGCCAUAGCCUUAGCUCUACUUAGUUUUGUGACUUUGUUGUCUCUGAACCACAUCUAGAAAUUACGUAAUCCGUAAAUGUUUAUGUAUAUUUUAGUGUCGAAUUACAAGAGGGUCAUAUAGCCAUAAAGAAACCGUAAAUGUUUAUGUAUAUUUUAGCCUUAGUUUUA